AUGGAGAGACUCGUUUGGCUUUUAAGAGGUCGUUUGCCGGCGAUAUUACCAGAUCUCUAUGAAAACGGCGGCGCCCCUACGAAUAUCAAAAUAGACUGCGAUGUUACUCUGUUCAUGGCUGUCCGUUUUAGCUACCCUGAGCUAACAAUGUGCGUAACUGUUGGUGCUGAGGCCGUUGCUACUUACGAAUUCCAGUGUAGAACCUCUUUCACUGUUGACUGGAAAAAUUAUCUUGUCCAACAUGAAGACGAAGAACAAACUCUCUGGACCUAG